AUUUUUUUGAUGUUUGUAUGUAAGCGCGAUGUGCGAAUAAAUGUUCUUGUCGCAAAAAUGAAAUUAUUUUAAGUAUGAUCACAGCAUGCCACAAAAGCUAGUAAACUCAAUGUUUGAGGAGCAGAAAAGUGCUAGACAAAUGAUCCAUCAACGUGGAAGAGAAGGUUCGCCCUAUUAUGUAUUUUUACACUCGGACGACGAAAGUAGCACGGACGAGGAUAACAUUCCUCUACAAGCUAUUAAACGAUCCACAUCGGGUCGCAAAAUUCAGGUGAUUAAUAUACAAGUAAAACCUGAAGAUACUUUGCAGGCAUUAGCUCUUCGGUACAGAUGUACGAUAUCCGAAUUGAAACGUAUUAAUAAAAUUGACAAGGAAAAUGAGAUAUAUGCUAAACCUUAUAUUAAGAUUCCCGUACAACCGUUUUCCAUUUUAACGGAGACACUGCCUGAAAGCUAUCAAGGCAAUGCUGCUAUUGCUGUACAAUGUCAAGAUGAAUCGCUGGUGAAAGAAGAAGAGCAACUGAUAGACUUAGGUGGUACGAGCACAGAAAUCUCAAAUAAGGAAAUUAAUACAAUUAUAUUAAAUUCGGUGUGCGAACCUUUGUCAUCCUACAAUAGUGCCAAUUUACCAGAACUUUGUCACACGGAGCACGACCGUUUGCUCAGUGAUACAGAACAUAUGGAAAUAGUGGAAUCCUGUGAAACAGAUAUAUUCAAGUGUUCUGGAGACAAUUGGGGAUUGUCCUGGAUGCAGCUUCUCGUGUUUUCGUUACUGUUAGGUUUUGCAGGGCCUAUCAUAUAUAUAUAUUAUAUAGCUGAAUAUUCAUCUAAGGCAAAUGCAACUGCGAGUGACUGAUGAUGUUCUGCUUAGAAUUGUGUGAGAAUGAAACCAAGUUCGAGUUUCUGUGCUUAUCUUUUACUUCGUAAAUGUCUUUUUACACUAUAAAAGAGAGACGAGGCAGAAACAAAAGAAGAGAAAGAAAGAAAAUGUGAGGAGAAAAUAUUCGUUAAUAUUUCAUUAAUAGCUGGAUCUACUAAUGAACUAGAUUUGUAUAAGUGUAUAUAUUUGUAUUUAUAUAUUUUUAAGAGGAUAUAUUUUCUUAUCCUAUUUUACAUUAUAACGAUAGUAGUUUAAGAUUUCAGAACUGCAUCGUUUUUUACGGGUGAGACUUUUUAUUAGAAAUUAAAUUAUUAAAUAUAAUGGUUAUAUAUCGAAAAAAAUAUAUAACUAUUAUCAAUAACAUUCACGUAACAAAUUCUAACAUAAUUUCAGGGAAUAAAUUAUUAAAUUAUAUCUUUAGGAAAGCUGUUGACUCGUUAUGGACUAUAGCAAAUGUGUAAAUAUAAUAAAAAGUUUUGACGCAAAAUUAAUUUAAUAAAAAUAUGACUGCCCCGUUCAAAGGAAGGAUAAAAAGAAGGGGAUAAAGGAAACUCUGGUGCCUUAGAAUAUUCAUACUGCUGGUCUAAAACAGUUUAAAAUGAAUCUUUCUCCGUGUCUCCAUGUAAUCCGAUUGAAAACUUUUAAAUUAUUUCAUAUUGCAUAUCAAUUGAUUUAUUAUUUAUAAUUCUAUAUUGCUAUAUACUUUAAUUGCUACAUACUACAUACGGAGAUAGCAGUUUUGCUGAACAUACUAAGCUUCGCAAUAUUACCUUGAUUUUAACAAAUCGAUUUUAUCAAGUCUUCCUUUAGCAAUUAAAUUAUAUACUACUACACUUUAUGACAAUAUAUGUUUGCCAAACUAUGAAAGUAUGUAAAAAUAUCAACUUUUCUAUAUUGUUUCAUGUUGUAAGUAUAAAUAAAAAGUAUAUUUAUAAAAACUAAAUA